ACGACAUGAUAAUCUUUCUUUCAAAUAGGAGGCCACCCCAUCCUUUUCUCAAUUAAGACAGGGAUGGGUAAACAAUAAAUACCCAACUCAACGAACUCUAUAUUUAGCCCGCGUGCUCUAGGAAUUGGUAGGAUUCAUCAAAUCAACAACGAACAAAGUUCUCUACACUCGAGCUAGGCAGGCUCAUCCUAGGUUGUAGACGGGACUAGCUAGCUAUCUAGGGAGUGAAAUGCAGAGGAUGAAAUCGAAGCUUUCCAUGAUUUGCAUUUGCAUUGCCACAUUGGCAAUAGUAGCAGUGGCUACAAUUCAAGAGGAUGAGAAGGAUUGUGCGGACCAGCUUACCAAUCUUGCAGCUUGCAUUCCCUAUGUAAGUGGCGAUGAGAAGAUCCCCACUCCAGAGUGUUGUGAGGACACCAAGAAAGUCAAGAGUGCUAAACCAAAGUGUCUCUGUGUUCUCAUCAAAGAGAGCACCGAUCCCUCCAUGGGUCUCCCCAUUAACACCACUUUGGCUCUUAAAAUGCCUUCUGCUUGCAAGAUUGAUGCAAAAGUCUCCGACUGUCCAUCUAUACUGAACUUGGCACCAGAUUCACCUGAUGCAAAGAUUUUUGAAGCAGCGAGUAAGGAUUCGAGCACGAGUUCAUCAACAACAAAGUCUCCUCCAGCUUCUGCUUCAACUUCUUCAUCAUCGUCUGGAUCAUCAACAUCUCCAUCUUCUUCAAGCUCAUCAUCGAGUUCAGACACCAAGCCAACCGCAAGCAGCAGCAUUGCUGGAGCGAAGUUGUGCCAAAGCAGCCUUGUUAUUGCGGGAUCCGCAGUAAUUGCGCUGUUGUUACUUUAAGUCCCUUUACCAGCCAUCGAGAGAAUAAUACAUGCACGCAGAGACAUCAUCUAAGGAAAUAAUGGAGUCUCAAGAGUAUGAUAGUCGGUUAGUUUAGUUCUCCGCUUAUGAAUUUUAGUUUUAGGAUAAUAACAAUAAUAAAAGAUAAGAGGCAGCUGUGCGACCGCAAAGUUUCCUUCAA